UUUUCCGUUUCUAGUUCUAGUCUGUGCAACUGCAGUGUACAUUGUUCAAAGUACCUAUGUGCAAUUUUAAAAUUGUCCGAGUGAUAGUUGCGUCUACAAUCUGAUUGCGUACCAAGUUAAUGAUUUAAACUGUGAUCCUUUUAAUUCGUACAAGUAUAUAUCUAUUGAAUUGUGUUUUAGUAAGUUUCAUUUAAAAAUGUAGUGCGAUGACCCAUUGUUUCUCUUGAUUGUGAAAAUGAAGUGUUUGUACAACGAUGAUCUGAAAGAAACAUCGUCUUUUAUAAAAAAGAAAAAUACCUAAAGCAUUGAAUGAAGAUGGAUGAUGAAGAGGCAGAUUUACGGGAACAGAUUUUUCAUAAUAAUGUUAGAGAACAAAUUAUUUUCUUGUUAUUAUUUAUAUUGCUGUAUCUGAUCUCGUUCACGUUGAUUGAGAAGUUUCGGAGACGAGACAGCGAAGACUAUUUUACAGCAGACGAAGAUGAAGUCAAAGUGUACAGGAUCAGCUUGUGGCUCUGCACAUUUGCCUUGGCAGUGUCCCUGGGCUCGGCACUCCUGCUGCCCGUUUCGAUUGUCAGCAAUGAAGUGCUCAUACUGUACCCAAACAGUUAUUAUGUAAAAUGGCUCAAUAGCUCUCUGAUACAAGGUCUAUGGAAUCACGUAUUUUUAUUUUCAAAUCUAUCAUUGUUUGUUUUCCUACCGUUUGCCUAUUUAUUUUCGGAGUCGUCCGGAUUUCCUGGAUGCCGCGGUCUGAAGGGUCGAGUCUACGAAACUUUUAUUGUGCUAGCAUUGCUCGGCAUCGCUAUGCUCGGCUUGGCCUAUGUCAUAUCGGCUUGGAUAGAAGGAGAUCGUUCUGGUGUGGACGCAUUAUUGAAUCUAUGGACUUAUCUACCGUUCCUCUAUUCCUGCGUGUCUUUUGUCGGCGUUUUAAUGUUACUAGUUUUCACGCCGCUUGGCUUCGUGCGUCUGUUUGGAGUUGUCGGCGGAGUUCUCGUGAAGCCGCAGUUCCUCAGAGAUCUCAACGAGGAGUAUUACAUGUAUUCGUUCGAAGAAGAGACAAUCCGACGGCGAAUCGACAAUGCCGUCGCAACUGGUGUAUGUUACAUUUCCCCUGAGCCGAUGUACUCUGAUAAGGGAGAUUUCUCAGAGCCUCUGGACUUAGAUGUUUCAAUGUGCAAAGAAAAGAAGAAUGCCGCAUCGCCUGGAAUCGAUAAGGUUCCAUUAUUGAGACUGAGAAAUGGCGCUCUUCAGGCGGGGCUCAAUGAGAGACUUCAGAAAAUUGUCGCUAUGAGAAAGGAAGUUGAGAAUCAGCGCAAGACGUCAUCCCUGCAGCGAAACGUCGUAUACCCGCUGGCGAUGCUGCUCCUCCUCGGACUGACCACCAUCACCGUGCUCAUGGUGCUGCAGAACACCCUCGAGCUACUCAUCGGGAUCAAAGCGGUGCCGCUUAGCACGCGGCAAUUUACACUGGGCAUAACGUCGUUGUCGAAAAUGGGCUGGGCCGGCGCCACCCUCGAGGCUUUCCUGAUCCUAUACCUGCACGCGGCGUCGCUCACCGGGCUGAGCGCGCCGCUGCGGGCGCUGCGCGUGCUGCCCCGCGCGCGCCGCACGCCGCUGCCGCGGAUCAUCGCGCUCGCCGCCGUCAUGUUGGCGCACUCCACCGCGCAGCCGCUCCUCGUCAAGAUAUUAGGUAUAACGAAUUUCGAUUUGCUCGGCGAGUUCGGGCGCAUCGAGUGGCUGGGCAACUUCAGGCUAGUGUUGCUGUACAACGCGAUAUUCGCGGCCACGGUCACGCUGUGUUUGGUCAGCAAGUUCACGGCGAGCGUGCGCCGCGAACUGUACAACAGGUUGGUGGAGAAUGUGAACAUCGUGGCGCACUGUGUCUCUUUCCUCAACAAUUGAAUACGUCGUGUUUGCGAUGAUCUCAAAUUGUCUACAACUGUGCGCUUUGUGCGAGUUUUUAAAACGUUCUCGAUAGCGUAAAAGUUAACUCUUAAUUUGUAUGGAGUUGGAACGUUUGCCUGCGUUUGCCGCUAGGGGCGCUGUUCCAACUCCAUACAAAUUUGAGUUAACUUUUACGCCGUUAAAAAGUCGCACCAAGCACACUGUUUAAGGUGCGGACUCUGCUUUAUGUCACAGCUUUCAAAUGUACUAUAAAAACUCAACUUUCGUGGUGUUUUAUAUUAUAGUUUAUGAUCGUCAAGCUAGUAAGAACAUAUCGUAUGAAGUCCACGCCUUAAAUACGUACACAAAAAUAUUCGGUUGGACAUUUGUUAGGAGCGGACCUCGUGAGUUUACUAAGCGGAACGAAUAUUCAAUAUUGUGAGAAAUUUUGAUAAAGCCUAGUGUAAUUGAGUGAUUUUUUUUUUAGUAUUUGUCGUAGUUUGAAGUUAAGGGACUGAAUUGUUUGAAUACAUUUUUGCAUAGCCCCAAAACUUACCUUCGAAUUUUAAUAUCCAUGAUGAACUGAAUUUUAAAAUAGGACUAAGGAUGGUACUAAAUGUAUAUUGUAGUAUUUGUUCUACAGAUAACUUUAUAAGUAAGACCACUUGAUGUAGCUCCGUAUGAUUUAUUGUAUUAAGCAUUUAAAAAAUUCUAUAAGAAAAUGAAAAAAAAUUGCAAAUUAAAAAAAAGUAAAAAUCAUAUUUUUUUUCUUGCAUUUAUAACCAUUUUAAUUCACUUGUGUUCCUAUGUUAUGAAUUUAUUAAUUGAAUUAAAUUAACAAAUUGUGAUCGUAUAAGUUUUUGAGGAAAGAUUCACGUAUAAAAUUUAUUUUUACCAAUGAGACUGAAUUUGUUAAAGUUAUGAUUAGAAUAUCCAGGAGAUUAUUUAUGUUUAAUAUUAAAAUAAUUUUAUAUAAUUUUCGAAUGACUCCUAAAUUAAAUAAGCGUAGAUUUAUCAUUAAUUUGUAAGUUUAUUGCCAUGACGAUAAAUUAUCGUAAAUGAAUUUUUCCAAUAAUAUUUAAUCACUAUAUUAUCCAACAAAUUUGCUUUGCGCUUAGAAAAAGAGCAGAUGUGUUAAAGUUACAACAUGAAAGACACAAAAGACUGUUUUUACUAUACCUAAGUUUUAAUUAAUCCAAAAAUUUGGUCGAUUGCUCAAUUUUUACAUCACACGUUUAUUUUAUGAGAUAUUUAAGUGAAGAAUAAUAUUGAAGAGUUCUUUUCUAGUCUCUGAUGUAUUUGUAUUACCUACAUUUUAGGAGCUUCUUUAAAAUCAUUCGCCAUUAUAUUAACCCAUCUGCAAUCAUUACUAAUGCGCAAACCUGCUACAUUAAUUCUAAAACUGAAACUAUUAGUCCUAUUAAGUUAGGUCGACAGAAGGAAACUGUGCCACAAUAUUUUAUGAUUUGAAUCUGCAUUAAACUAUGUAACUAUUAGUAUAAAAUAAAUGCACUUACAGUUUAUAUGUUGUUAUUGAUAGGUUUCUGUGUGAAUCUCUUUUGUGAGCAAAUUUUAUUCAGUGUGUGAAUUUUAUACAUUUUGUAUUAAACUGUGUUAUAAUAUAAACAUUGAGAUUGCAUUUGAAAAUAAUAAUAUACGAAAAAUUAAA